UAAGCACUCGUGACAUGUCCAGUGAAUAUUGGAAGACCAGUGUCAGAGUACAUGUGCAUAGAGUUGUAGUUGAGAGAAUAUAAUAACAUGUGAAACCUAAUUUUACUAAAAUAUGUGCAAGAAUAAAAAUUCCUCUUGGAAGCCAAUUCACCGACCUUAUGCUAGCCACUUUCAUCUUAUACUUUCAGUUUGAAUGUCACGUUUAUAAUGCAUGUGAAAGGCAUUUAAAUACCUAAAUCUAUUAAUAUAAUAUGAAAAUGUUAUCAGCUCUCCAGGAUGUCAGGCACGCACUAAGGUUGUAGAUUAUGUCUGAAAACUCCGCUACAAAUUGGCUGGUCAUCGUAGCAAUAGAUUUUGGAACUGCUUAUAGUGGUUAUGCCUUCUCCUUUCGUGAUACAGAAAAGGAAUUUCACAAUUCUCAGAACUGGAAUUCGGGAACUCCAAAUCUCCUAUCACAGAAAACUCCCACAUGUAUUUUAUUGAACCCCGACGAAACAUUCAAUUCCUUUGGAUACGAGGCACAGGAUAUUUACACAACAUUGGCAUCAGAGGAGCGACAUCUGGAUUAUUUCUAUUUCUUAGAUUUUAAGAUGAAACUUUAUCACACAAAGAAUUUGAACAGAAAAACAAUGUUAAGCGACAUCAACGGAAAACAGCUCCCUGCAAUUAAAGUAUUUUCUUUGUCAAUCAAGUUCUUUACGGAUCACUUCAUGAACAUUCUUAACAAACGUUUGCCUGACGCUAAGGAAAAAAGAUGUGAAAUUUGUUCUAACUGUUCCAGCGAUUUGGACAGAUGCAGCAAAAUUGUUUAUGCGUGAGGCAGCCAAAGAAGCAGGCAUUGCAUCUGAUCGUUUACUUCUUGCUCUUGAACCAGAGUGUGCAUCAAUAUACUGCAAAGAUAUUUCUCCAGAUAAACUGUCACGUGGGAUAUGUCUCAAAGCUACUGAGAAAAGAACGCAAUAUGUCGUUGCUGAUAUAGGAGGAGGAACAGCAGAUUUUAGUGUUCAUGAACUGGACAUUGAUGGAUCCAUUACAGAACUUCACAAAGCUAGCGGUGAAGCUUAUGGGGGUACUUGUGUUGACAAGAAAUACAUUGAAAUAACAGAAUCCAUUUACGGAGUGAAAUCAUUUGAGAGACUAAGGAACGAAGAAAUGGAGGAUUAUCUGCAAUUUUUAAGAGAUUUUGAGUUUAAAAAAAGAACUGUAACCACACAUUUAACGAAGAAAUAUAACAUUCGUAUUCCAUUAUCACUAAAUGAUUUUGCAAAAGAGUACAAAGUAGAUUUACAUAGAACAGAACGACUACCUAUUAAAGGUGAAGUCGAAGUAAUGCGAGAUAAGAUAAAAGUAAAUGGGCAGUUUAUGUUACAACUUUUUGAAGAUUCUAUAAAUGAAAUAGCAAACCACCUUCAAAACCUGUUGAAGGAUUAUCCUGAUAUUUCAUGCAUAAUAUUGGUAGGUGGGUAUUCAGAAUGCAGUAUUCUGCAAGAAAAAAUACUGUUAAUGUUUUCAGAUAGGAAUGUAUUAAUUCCUACUGAAUGCAGUCUUGCAGUACUGAAAGGAGGUGUUCUUUACGGUCACAAUCCAUCCAUUGUAUCUUCGCGUGUGUUAAGAUACACUUAUGGUACAAAUACGGACCUCAAAUUCGAUAAAGGAAAACACGAUGAAAAGAGAAAAUAUACCGAUCAGUUUGGCACGGUUUUAUGCCGAGGAACAUUCGACUCGAUUAUUUCGGCUGGCACCAAAGUACCUGCAACAGGAAAGAAAUUUACAAUAACAAGUGUGCCACUAGAUACCCAUCAAUCUUUUAUUGCUACUGAAAUUUACUUCUCGGAAAAAAGCGAUGUGCUUUAUAUCGAUGAGGAAGAUUGUAGAUAUUUAGGUAAAGUUGAAAUUCCGUUGCCUUUCCUUGGGUUUAAACCUACUCUGGAGGAAGAGUUUACAUUUGGUAUGACAGAAUUAGUUUAUACUGCAACUGUCAAAGAAACUCAAGAAACUGUAGUCAAACAUUUCAAUGCCUUAUAGUAUGUUGAUACUUCCAUUAUGCAUAUGUCAACUAAAUUUAAAAUAUAUUGUACAUUGUUAAGGUUUUAGCAAACGUUUUAAUCACACUAUACUAUCCAGGAGCAUUAUUUAAAAUGAUUAAAGAAACAGAGGAAUCAAUUAAAGUGAUAAAGUGAAACACUUAAUCAAGAAGUGUUAUCCUUCCAAUUCGCACAGAUUUCUAUAACUGGCAAUCAACCAUUAGCUAUUGAUCUAUGAAAUAAUGAAGAAAAUACAGUAUAUGCAUUGUGAGAAGUACUAGUUAAAUCAGCCGAUAUUGAAAUUACAUGCAUUAAGAUAUACAAGCAAGGGAUGAUUUUAUUUUAUGUAAAAUGAGCUCU